UCCAUACACGCCCAUGUACUAUCUAGCUAGCUAGCUGUGGCCCUCUAUGGUGUUGUCGAGAAGGCUUGCACACUAGUCUGAAACCAGAAGAGGCUCUCAUCUACCUCUAUGAUGGUUGGAUGGUCGUGCUGUUUUGAACUUGGUUUCUAUACAAAUGAGAGCUUUUUCUGGCUUCAGACUAGUGUGCAAGCUUUCUUGACAACACCAUAGAGGGCCACAGCCUUCUCGACAACGCAAUAGAGAGCAUAAGCCACAGCUUCACAGGAGACAAGUAUUUGUUUAAAAUUAAUACAGAAAGAAACUAGUAAACAAACUAGUUUACGGUAUAAUUUUACAAAGGUUUACUAUAAAGUAUACGAGUUACCCAGAUUCUGGGUAACUCAGUUUGCGCAUGUGCACUAUCACCCAUGCAAUAGAGACCAGGCCGUAUUUUAAUCGGCGUGGUCUCGAGGCUAGCCAACUACCUACUUCGAAAGCUAAGGCCACUCCAAAUGAGACUGUAGUUUCCCGUCCAACUCGCGCUUCCUGCUUUAGCUACCUCAUUGAUAGUCAUUAUGGCCAUUAUUUCUCUAAUUAUCAAUGAAAUAUUGAAAUUACUUUUUUCUUGUUCUUUGUUGCCUCUAAGCACAUGGUUGGCUGAAUUUUUGUGGCUAAUUAAUUAAAUUCAUUGAUGACGGAACAAUAAUAUUUAUAAUUAUGUGUAAUGAAUAAUGAUUUAUAAUUUACUGGAGUCUCUGACGGGAAACUACAGUCUCAUUUGGAGUGGCCUAAAUAGCUAAGCCAACUACCUACUUCAAAAACUAAAUAGCUAAGAUAAAUAAUUUAUUGAACUACCUACUUCGAAAGCUAAGUAGGUAAGCCAACUACCUACUUAGAACGUCAACUGCAAGUAGCUCUCAGGGCCACCGUAGAUCUGUAAGCACUUAUUAGGAAGGCGCAUGCCUAUAGCUAUUGAGAUGGAACUGAGAUGGCUCUUUCUAUCAACAGCUCUUGUAUCUAUAGAAGCUCAGUUCGCAGUACAACCAAUGUCAGUGGUACAGGCCCAGGGGAUAGAUGCAGUGUUUGAGUGUCGGUAUCCUGGAGCACAAAGUUACAAUUGGGGGCUCAAUGGAGACUUUCCUACACACAAUAACCUCCCACCUGAUGUAACUAUUAUCCUACCAUCUGGUGAUAUCCCAACAAAACUAAUCAUAGCCACAGGGCAGCAUAAUAACACUGUGGUGCAGUGUGAGGCAGUGGUUAGAGACGGACGAGUGUUCAUACCUGAAUUAUCAGUAAAUGCUACCUUGCAAGUACAAGGUCCUCUUUCAGCUGUCUCCAACCUCCGUGCUCAGUCAUCAAGCACCAACAUCACAAUCACCUGGGAUGCUCCCUUCUCUCUUAACCUCACCACAGCUGAACCAGACAUACAGUAUUGUGUGGAUGUGUACGAUAGUGUCACUGGUGUUCUACUACACUCUGAGUGUGGUAUUAUUGAGGAACGCUACACCUAUUCCCCUAGCAACCCCUGCUCGACGUACGCAUUGUUUGUGACACCUAGGAGUAAUCUUGACGGAGCUCUCAAUGGAAGCAUUGCACGGUUUCAGGAAUUCACAGUGCGGCCAGUAUCAGUGAUACAAGCUGAAGGCCUGAAGGCAGUGUUUGAGUGUUUGUACCCUGGUGCCCUAGGUCACAGUUGGGGGAUCAAUGGAAUGUACCCAGCUGAUGAUGCGUUUCCACCUGAUUUAACUCGUACCCUACCUUCUGGUGAUACCCCGGCAACACUGGCCAUCCCAGCGACAGGCCAGUACAACAACACUGUGGUGCAGUGUAGGGCUGUGCUUGAUGUGGGAGGAGAUGCGCAGUUUGUGCAAACAUGUGAUGCUCUGUUGUUAGUACAAGGUCCAUUGGGUUCUGUUACUGGACUGAGACUGGACAUGGUGACCUCUACUUCAGUGACUCUCACCUGGGAUGCCCCCUUCUCUCUAGACCUCACCACAGCUGAGCCAGACAUACAGCAUUGUGUGGAUGUGCACAGUGUCCCUAGAGGACAACUGGUGGAGUCAACAUGUGACAUCAUCGACACUAACUACACUUUCUCUAUCAGUGAUCAAGGCCAGUUAGUGUUUACAGUGACACCAAGAAGUAAUGUGGAGGGUAGUCUCAAUGGAACCUCCAGUGAACUAGUCGGACCUCCUUUGCAAGCUAACGGAACAAUCACUGGCGGCCCUGCUAUUGAGUCUGCUCAACAACAGUUUAAAAUAGCAGUGUCUUCAGGUGUGACUGCUGUGGUAGUUUUACUCCUACUCUUAGUCAUUGCCAUUUUAACAGCUGUUGUCAUAGUGAAACGAAAACAAAGGAACCACAAAGAUGGAAGAGUGGAUUUGUCAUCAACAUUGCCAAAAAUUGAGCAGCCUAACGAAGCUUAUGCUCCAGUGCUCAAUAAGAACAUUGCCUAUGAGCAGACACGGAUACCAAGACACAAUGAACACACCACCACCAUCGUCACCACGGUAGUAGCAAUGGAGGAUGAGAACACUGAGCCAAGUCAUGAGUACGAAGAAGUAUUACCUCAGGAACACGAUUGAGCGUCACCUCACAUUAUUACAUAAUGUAGUUGUUCCAAAUACACGUAAAAUAAAUUGUGGUUACAUUAGUGUUGUUAUUUUUCCGAAAAGUUCGAUAAUUUGAACCAUG